CUGAAACUGAAACCAUGUUUCUAUUUCGAGGUUGUAGCUUUCCAAGGUUAUCUGUUGUCUGGUUGUAUAUUUGUUCUGCUUAUUUUCCGUCUGAUGUCUAACAAGCAUGAAGGUGUGACUUGUAACGGAUGUUCACGAAGGGACUUCAGGUUUAGGCGAUAUAAAUGUCUAAUUUGUCGUGACUAUGAUCUUUGUGGAACCUGUUUUGAUAGUCAACAAGAAAGUGAAAAGCAUUUAAAUUAUCAUCCGAUGCAAUGUUUGAUCACUAAAGCAGAUCAUAAUGUAUUUUACUCUGGCGAGAGCUCAACUAAAUAUUGUGUUCAAAGUUUCACUUGUUCAGUAUGUGGCCAGUUAGGCUUCACAGAAUCGUCUUUAUCAAGUCAUGUUUUUACUCAUCAUCCUAAUGCUAUUGAUUCAGAAGUACUUUGUCCAUUUUGUGCAAUUCAAACGGAAGGUGAUCCAAAUCGUACUACACAUGAUAUUGCAAAUCAUUUUAAAAGUGUUCACAACCUUCAACCCUCCGUCAGUGGUAACACCAUUCCGUCAUCACAGUCUGCCAAUAAUCACCCUACAACUCCAAUCUCUGAAGUUGUUAGUUUACGCACAAGAUUUAGGAAUCGGUCUGUCAGCUAUGAUCAACUUAAAAAUGCCAAAAAAGUUAUUGCUAAUACUGUAACUUCACAACAUCAUUUUUCUUCAACAGAUAGAUCACGUUGUCACAAUCAGCAUAGUAUAAGUUCAAAUCAUAUCAUAUCACAAUCAUUGUCAUCGAAUUCACGUUUUACUGCUGGUUGUAUAGUAGCAAUGAAAAACUACUUAGAAUGUUAUGAAAGUAAUAAAAAUGCUUGUCAUAAUGAUGAUACUAAUGGAUUACUUGACCAAUCAACUGACUCGUUGUUACAUAACAAGAAUGAAAUAACUAGGAAUUCUUCUACUGCCUUACACUAUGAACAUGAUAUUAACGCACUGAAUUCCCAAUCCGAAGUUGACAAAUUAAACAACCAUGUUGGCGAUAUGGACAGUCAGAGUCCAGUGGUCGAAAGUUCGGGAAAUCCGACAAACUAUUGUACAUCAACUGUUUCUGUCAUUCAAAACUCAAGACCCACCGACAGUCCGAUCCCUUCUUUUACUGAGAACAUGGCUACUACUGGCGAUCAGACUGCUAAUCCAAAUAUUGAUUCCAACUCUAACUUGGAUUCUUUCACUUCGCAAGUAUUUGAUCAUAAAGUGAAAUCAAUAAAUACUAAUUCUUCAAAGCAUUCAAAGUCAUUAUCAGUAGAUUUACAUAUGAAGUCAAGUAAUGAUGAAAAAUCUAAAGAAUCCAAUAAAAAACACGCCUUUAGUUCGUAAGUUUUAUUCCACUUAAAUAUUACUUGAAAACAACUUGUAUAACUAUACGAAAAAUAACUUCAGAAUAGAAGAUCCCACUAAAUACAGCCAAGUUGACAGUGAUGUGGGACCACCAUUAAUAACACAGGGGGGCGUCAGCUGGGAUUUGCCUAGAACUAGAGACUACUAACUGUUUGGUCAUCGGUAACCUGUUUAUGUGUCAUACUAAACAUUUCUAACUUUUCUACUCUAACAUAGGUUUGUCAGUCAAACCCAAUGCAGAACCUGACACACUUAUACAGAGGUCUAAGUUCUCAUACCUCAUUAGCACAACUAAAUGAAAUUCUUAGAACAAAUCCUAACUUAGUUUUGUGUUUCAGUGAAAUAUAAGGUUAUGAAUGUUUAUUUAAGGUAUAAAUCGCACCAGAAUUUUUAAUUCUUAUUUUAUCAAUCUUCACGUAGUUAAUAGUUUGAAUCCAUUCACAAUUGUAAUCAAAUUGACAUAGUUGAUUAUCGCAUCUCUGAAAUAAAAAAGUAAGUGUACUCUCAUGAUGGGGUUUUAUGUAUUUCAGGCCUUUGAUUUGCGCGUAGGCGUAUACGUAUUUCGAAAAUGAGUGACUACUAGACUAGCUUCCAACUUAUAGUUAUGUUCAACCCAUUUACUUAACAAACACAGCUACCACUCAUCCCACUACAGAACGGAAGACGAAAAAUCAGCACAAAGUUUGUAAAAUGAUUAUGUAGAAGUGUUGUGAUGUACUCAAUACAAACAAAUAAGUCAUUUUCACAACCUAAUAGUAGUAACAUUUAAUGUUGAUAAAAUUUUUACAUGGUCUUGGUAGAUCUGCACUCUUUCUGUUUAAAAUGUAUUAAUGACUAGGUAACCACUCAAAAUUAAAAACUAUUGAGUAAGUAUUUUGAUAAAUCGCACUCAGGAUCUUUAAAAUAUUUUGAAAUAUAUUGAUUACUCUUUGAAACAGUGAGUAUACUUUUGCAGUUAAACUAGAAUAAAGCCUAGCACUAAAUUUUCCAUAAAAAUUGCAAACUUUAUCAACUUUGUGUUUUUAUCAGUUAUGAGGCAGAAAUAAAGAACCGUUCAGAAUACUAGUUUGCUUUUAAUCAACUGUUUUGAAUAAUACUGAUUUUAUAAAAAGCCAAUUUAUUAGUUAGUUAUUAUUACAUUGAAUUAUUGUUAUCUGUUUCUCUUAAGACAUUGUAUGAAUGAUUCCCGAUCGGCAUUACCAUCUGUUGUUAAUCAAGAUGAAUGGGAUAUCGAUUGGCACAUAUUUUUGAAUGAAUUAAUUUGGUCUAGUUUGUGUAGUAGUGAAGCUUCAUCGAAUGUUACCUGACGUUUCAUUAACAUGUAAUACGGAUGCUGAUGAUAUGAUUUAUCAAGAAUAUUUUUAAUGUUGCUUUUUUAUUUCGUUAGUAUAUUACCCGCACUCGAUUAGAUUGUAAUUUUAGACUUACAGUGCUCCAUUGUGUAUGGAUCCCGUAUUUCUGUGUCAAACGAUUUGUAUGUUCAUUUUUAUUAAUUUUAAUUGUUAAGAAGUAAACGACCUGUUGUAUUCAGUGCUUGUACAUGUGGGUCGAUUAGUCUAUCAAGAUGUGUAUAUACAAACAUGUAUAUAUCUCUGUUAAUAUAUAUACAUAUAUUCAGAAGAACCUACAAGAUAGAUGUCUUUCUUUUACUCAAUACCAAAAGAAAAACAAUAAAUCGUUAGCUUUAUUGUUAAUAUUAACGCUAAACAAUAGUUACUAAUUUAUUCUGCUUAUCAUACUCCAUUAGUUUUGGUAUGCUGACUACCAGCAAGCAGUUCUACCUGUGUUUUUCACCUAAUUAUCACAUUAGUAGACUUAUUAUGCACUUUCCAAGUCCCAUUACCCUUUAUUCUGCUUGGCCCCUCUCGGUUUAACAAAAACAAGCGUCAAAGAACAAUGUGAUCAAUGUUCUAUGUGUUUAUGACAUACCAUUCUAUGAAGGUAAUGGUAAAAAUUUAAAGUUUUAAAAAAAAAUUAUUUCCUUAUGUUACAAUAUAUGAAAUAUACAUAACGUAUAUAGUUAUGUGCUCAAUAGUUUUUGUGUAAGAAAUUAUUAUUGGCUUUGAAAUCGAUCUUUUACUCUCCCUUUAACUAUCGUGUUUUGCACAUACAGUGUGUUUCGCGUUGUAUUGGAGAGUUCAAUGGGGCGCAGUGUACAACCUACUGUGUAAUCGCGCAGUAAGGCAAUGCUGUGACUACACUGAAAGGUUGAACCCCACACUCAUUGUAUAUUCCUUUCAGGUUUGUUUUUAAGCCUGUUGCUGAUGGCAAAACUAAAGAGGAAUGAUGGGACUCGGUAAUCAGAUCUAAACCUACCGUUGUUUUCGAACAAAAGAGAUGGUUGUAUGACCUCACUCUGUGUGAAAUGUUUUUACAGGAUCUUUGAGGUGAUAAUAAAUCUACCAGUCACGCUCUUUCGACGGGAUCCCAAGGCAGCUCUAUUAAAUGAACUAAAGAUCGCUCUUAUUGUCAAGGGCAUGUGUUAAGGGUAUUCAAGUGUCCAGUGGGGUGUAAAGAUGUCAUUUCAUCCACAACCAGAACACGAACUGGAAUAAAGGGGACUAUUAAUUGCAGGUAUAAAUUACAAGACAGCGGAACUGGAGAUAGGAUCGCGUGAUUAUUUUGGACCAUAGUGAUCUAUUUCGCUCGUCUACUCGGAAUCCUGGGACCUCUAUGCACUUGUAUGAAUUUAAAAUGUUUCAGGCCCUAUGAGCUGACCCUUUAUAUCUACAAACUGGGUUUAAGCACCGUACGCCCACUCUCACGCUAUCAUUAAGACUUGCAUUGAAGGACCUGUAGUUUUGCGGUAUGAAAGAAUGUCUGGCGAGAAGGCUGAUUCUUCAUGUGCUUCGCUGUGUCGAAGCCUUUUUGAAUCCACUUAACACAAAAAGUCGUAGAAAUAAGGAAGAGGUUAAAAGAGCUUAUCCUUAUGAGUACUUCUACCGUCAACGAAACCUACAUACCCUUGACUGUACAACAGCUCUUGAGGGUUACAGCAUCGGUAUAUUUAUUCAUAUUCCUCAUGUGAUGUAUUGAUUGUAUUGCAUCUAAUAAUAUCUACCUGGUUGUAGUAUAUCGAGUUACAAAAUCACUCAUCAAUUUAAAAUCUCAAUUAUAGACAGGGGAUGGGUAAUGGCACACACUCCGUUUCAUAUGUACAUUAGUUUUGUAUGUUUACUACUGAAGCUUAAGGGCUACUAACUGUCACUCUAUCAUAUUUAUCGUGUAAUUUGCUUAUAGUAGAUAAAGAUAAGGCACAAUUUUUUUAGGUUUUCUGGAGAUGGUUGAGUCUUGCUGCUUACAUAACUGACUGAUCUUAGUUAAACAACCCGACCGUUGCUGCUACCUUGAUAUGGUGGUCGGACUUGCCUAUCGUGAUGAUUCGAUCGAGCUAUACUGGCCGGAACAAUCGUUCCUCAAGGUCCU